UGGGACUCUGUCUUCAGCCGGCGCCUCGCUGCCUCCCAGCACCAUGCCUUACAGCUGCUGCCUGCCCAGCCUCAGCUGCCGCUCCGGCUGCCCCUCCCGGCCCUGCGUGGCCCCCAGCUGCCACAACAUCCCCCUGCCCGGGGCCUGCAACAUCCCCGCCAACGUGGGCAACUGCGGCUGGUUCUGCGAGGGCUCCUUCAAUGGCAGCGAGAAGGAGACCAUGCAGUUCCUCAACGACCGCCUGGCCAGCUACCUGGAGAAGGUGCGGCAGCUGGAGCGGGAGAAUGCGGAGCUGGAGAGCCUCAUCCAGGAGCGGUGCCAGCCCCAGGAGCCCCUGAUGUGCCCCAGCUACCAGUCCUACUUCCGGACCAUCGAGGAGCUGCAGCAGAAGAUCCUGUGCAGCAAAUCCGAGAACGCCCGGCUGGUGGUGGAGACUGACAACGCCAAGCUGGCCUCAGACGACUUCAGGACCAAGUACGAGAUGGAGAUGGGCCUGCGGCAGCUGGUGGAGUCAGACAUAACCAGCCUGCGCAGGAUUCUGGACGAGCUGACCCUGUGCAAGUCCGACCUGGAGGCCCAGGUGGAGUCCCUGAAGGAGGAGCUGCUCUGCCUCAAGCAGAACCACGAGCAGGAAGUCAACACCCUGCGCUGCCAGAUCGGAGACCGCCUCAACGUGGAGGUGGACGCCGCCCCCACCGUGGACCUGAACCGCGUGCUCAACGAGACCAGGUGCCAGUACGAGGCCCUGGUGGAGACCAACCGCAGGGACGUGGAGGAAUGGUACACCAACCAGACCCAGGAGCUGAACAAGCAGGUGGUGUCCAGCUCAGAGCAGCUGCAGACCUGCCAGGCGGAGAUCAUCGAGCUGAGACGCACAGUCAACGCCCUGGAGAUCGAGCUGCAGGCCCAGCACAACCUGAGAGACUCCCUGGAGAACACGCUGACGGAGACGGAGGCCCGCUACAGCUCCCAGCUGGCCCAGGUGCAGUGCAUGAUCACCAACGUGGAGUCCCAGCUGGCCGAGAUCCGGGGCGACCUGGAGCGGCAGAACCAGGAGUACCAGGUGCUGCUGGACGUCCGGGCCCGGCUGGAGUGUGAGAUCAACACGUACCGGAACCUUCUGGAGAGCGAGGACUGCAACCUCCCCUGCAAUCCAUGUGCUACAACCAACGCAUGUGACAAGCCCAUUGGACCCUGUGUCUCCAACCCUUGUGCCCCGCGCGCUCGGUGUGGGCCUUGCAGUACCUUUGUGUGCUAGAGGCCCCAGCGCCGGGGGAGGAGAAGGGCUCUGAAGUCACAUCUCACCUCAGCUUCAUCCCAGCAUCUCCAACAAUGACCACUCUGGGUAAAGGGAGAAACGUCUAUCAGCACCAGCUUCCAGGGUUUGCCUCGAGGCUUCGCUGAGUUUCCGGGCUUGAUCUUUACCUAAGAGAAGACAGAGUCCACUUACUGUCUCUGUCUUCUGAGACUCGUAGAGAAAUCUGUAACAGGAUCAAGCAGUAUCUAUUCCCACAGAGACACCUUCGCAUAACGUGAGUGUUACGCUUCAACAGGUACUUAUCUAGAUGUGACUGAAAAAUAAUCACAUUAAAUGUGAUACUGCCGAUGGGCACACUAUGAAACUAAACACAAUUGGAAGAAAUGUUCCUUGUCACUCUUUUGGUCUUUGGAGAUGCAAUAAAAGGUCCCUUGUUAACCUCCUAAUAAAUUCUUAAUCUGGCAUAAAA